AUCACUUAACCCACAACAACUCCAACAACCAGAACCAAAGCAGGCAUAAAAAUAAAUAAAAAUGCUGUGGAGCCAGGCUUUCCUCUGCAGUUUGGCCUCUGUGCUGCUCAUCCUCCUCCUGCUGGACGUGCACGCCAGACCUGCCAACAAUUCCGUGCUGAAGGAGAAGGAGGAGCAGGAGCUGGUGCCCCCCGACCACCUGAACGGGGUGAAGCUGGAGCUGGACGGGCACCUGAACAGGGAUUUCCACCAGGAGGUGUUCCUGGGCAGGGAGCGCCAGCAGUUCGAGCAGCGCUCGCAGCCCAGCAGCGCCCGGGACAAGCUCAGCGCCAUCUUCAGCAAGGUGGAUAUAAAUAAUGAUAAAAAAAUCAGUGCCAAGGAAAUGCAACGUUGGAUCAUGGAAAAAACAGACGAGCAUUUCCAGGAGGCCGUGGAGGAGAACAAAAUGCAUUUCCGAGCUGUGGAUCCUGAUGGGGAUGGUCACGUGUCUUGGGAUGAAUAUAAAAUUAAAUUCUUGGCAAGCAAAGGCUUCAACGAAAAGGAAAUUGCAGAGAAAAUCAAAAACAACGAGGAAUUGAAAAUAGAUGAAGAAACGCAGGAAGUGCUGGACAACCUGAAGGAUCGCUGGUACCAGGCGGACAACCCGCCCCCGGACCUGCUGCUGAGCGAGCAGGAGUUCCUGUCCUUCCUGCACCCCGAGCACAGCCGCGGCAUGCUGCACUUCAUGGUGCAGGAGAUCAUCCGCGACCUGGACCAGGACGGGGAUAAGAAGCUGACCCUGUCAGAAUUCAUCUCCUUGCCUGUGGGCACAGUGGAGAACCAGCAGGCUCAGGACAUUGACGACGACUGGGUGCGGGACAGGAGGAAGGAAUUCCAGGAGGUCAUCGAUGCCAACCACGACGGGAUUGUCACCAUGGAGGAGCUGGAGGAAUACAUGGAUCCCAUGAACGAGCACAACGCGCUGAACGAGGCGCGGCAGAUGAUCGCCGUGGCCGACGAGAACCAGAACCACCACCUGGAGCUGGAGGAGAUCCUCAAGUACAGCGAGUACUUCACCGGCAGCAAACUCAUGGAUUACGCCCGGAAUGUCCACGAGGAAUUCUGAGCUUCCUUUUCCAGAACUUUCUCUUUCCUUUCCCUGCCCUCCAAAAAAAAAAAAAAAAAAAAA